AUGAUAGAGGAUACAAUGACUUUGCUGUCUCUGCUGGGUCGGAUCAUGCGUUACUUCUUGCUCAGACCGGAGACCCUGUUCUUGCUGUGCAUCAGCCUGGCCCUGUGGAGUUACUUCUUCCACACGGAUGAGGUGAAAACCAUUGUUAAGUCCAGCAGGGAUGCGGUGAAGAUGGUGAAGGGCAAAGUGGCCGAGAUCAUGCAGAAUGACAGGCUCGGGGGGACUCACCCCUCCAUCUUCGGGAUAUUUGAUGGGCACGGAGGAGAGUCAGCAGCAGAAUACGUGAAGUCCCGCCUGCCUGAAGUCCUAAAACAGCAUCUUCAGGACUACGAGAAGGACAAGGAGAACAGUGAGCUGUCUUACCAAACCAUCCUGGAACAGCAGAUUUUAUCAAUUGAUCGGGAAAUGCUGGAAAAACUGACUGUAUCCUAUGACGAAGCAGGUACAACUUGUCUGAUCGCGCUGCUGUCAGACAAAGAGCUGACGGUGGCCAAUGUUGGAGAUUCCCGAGGAGUCCUGUGUGACAAGGACGGGAACGCGAUCCCCUUGUCCCACGACCACAAGCCCUACCAGCUGAAAGAGAGGAAGAGGAUUAAAAGAGCUGGUGGUUUUAUCAGCUUUAACGGCUCCUGGCGCGUUCAGGGGAUCCUGGCCAUGUCCCGCUCCUUAGGAGAUUACCCUCUGAAGAACCUCAACGUUGUCAUUCCCGACCCCGACAUUCUUACCUUUGACCUGGACAAACUGCAGCCAGAGUUCAUGAUCCUGGCGUCAGAUGGUCUGUGGGAUGCCUUCAGCAACGAGGAAGCCGUCCGAUUCAUCAAGGAACGCUUGGAUGAGCCACACUUUGGUGCAAAGAGUAUAGUUCUACAGUCCUUUUACAGAGGAUGUCCUGAUAAUAUAACAGUGAUGGUGGUGAAGUUCAGGAACAGCAGCAAACCAGAAGAACAGUAA